AUGGCGGAUUUCCUUGGUGAGUCGGGUGAGCUAGAGCCAGCAUCAGACGAUUUAUGGGCCCAGUACCGACUCUUGAUCCUUGGAUGGGAGGAGAAGAGAGUUUUGAUAGUGAGGAGAAUGGAAAUUGAUCCAGCUCCUGGUAGUAUGGGUCAAAUGACAUCAAAUACCUAUGGUAAUGAAAAUGGAUAUACUGGAUUUGAAGAUGAGCCACCAUUAUUAGAAGUUAAACUUGGAAUUGACUUUGAAAUCAUCAAAGAAAAUACACUGUCAGUACUUAAUCCAUUACAACAAGCUGAUGCUAACACAUUACGUAAUACAGAUUUAGCUGGACCACUUGUCUUUUGUCUAUUAUUUGGUGGUAUAUUGUUACUAGCAGGAAAGGUCCAUUUUGGUUAUAUAUAUGGUGUUGGAGUAAUAGGCUGUAUUAGUCUAUAUAUCCUCCUUAAUUUAAUGAGUACUACUGGUGUAUCAGCAAGUUGUAUUGUGAGUGCUGGGUAUUGUCUAUUACCAAUGGUCCUUUUAUCAGCUGUUUCUGUUGUCGUCUCACUCCAGUAAGGGUAUAUUGGGAAUAUAUUAGCACUGUGUGCUAUCAUUUGGUGUAGUUAUUCAUCAUCGAAACUGUUUGUAUCAGUUCUCUCAAUGCAUUCUCAACAGUUACUGGUGGCUUAUCCUUGUGCACUUAUAUAUGGAAUAUUUGCAUUGUUAACUGUGUUUUAA